GGGCGUCGCUGCAGCAAAGAGCUACGAAGAAACGAUUUCCACCAAGAGGAGAAGGAGUACGAGUCGAGAGGAAGAAGGCAAGAGCAAGAGGAGGAGCAGCCAAGAGAGGUCCAGGUCCACAGAUAAAAACACCAAAGAGGACAGAACCAAGUCCAGGUCCAGAGAGAAAUCUAGAGAUAAAGACAAGAAGAAGUCCAGGUCUAAAUCCAGGUCCAGAGAGAAAUCCAGCAGGAGCAAGUCUACCAGAACCAGGUCCAGGUCCAGAGAAAGGUCUACUAGGAAGAGCAGGAGGUCUAGAUCCAGAGAGAAGUCCACAAGAGAGAGAAGGUCUAAGUCUAGGUCCAAAGAUACAUCCAGCAAAGACAAGACGACCAGAACCAGGUCUAGAUCCAGAGAGAAGUCCACAAGAGAGAGAAGGUCUAAGUCUAGGUCCAAAGAUACAUCCAGCAGAGACAAGACGACCAGAACCAGGUCUAGAUCCAGAGAGAAGUCGACGAAAGACGAAAACACCAGGUCCAAGUCCAGAGAAGAGUCCACCAGAGAGAGAAGGUCCGGCUCUAAGUCCAGUCCCAAAGAGAAAUCCAGCAGCGGAUCCUCCGAGAAGAACCAGACCGGAACAGAAGAAGAACCGGAGAAAACUGAGAAACUGGAGAAAAUGGAGACGUCCGGAAAUACUGACGUUAUUUUGUGCUACAUCAAAGCUAAUCCCUCUUCCUCCUCUUCCUCCUCCUCUUCCUCCUCAGACUCUGAUCCCGUCACAGACAUGAAACCUGCAGCUGAGGAAGAGGAGGAGGAGGAAGAAGAGUCGUCUGCAGAGGAGAGCGACCUCGAGGGGAUGGCGGUGAUCGGAGAGGAUGGAGAGAGUCUGGAGGAGGAAGAGGAGGAGGAGGAGGAAGAACACCGUCCCGCUGAGAGAACAGACUCACCUGGAGAAGGUCGAAAGGAGGAGGCGAAGGAUGGAGAGGAGGGGCCUAUAAAAGAGGAAGAGGAGGAGAUAUCUAUAAGGCAGCAGGAUGAAGAG